ACCAAAUUUUCUAUGCACCCAUAUAAAGAAAAUAUAAUUAACAAAUAAUCAUAAUUGACCAGAUAUUUUUAGAUUCAAUAAAUUAUAAUAAUAAUGGUCUUGCCAGUCAAUAAUUAACACGUCAGCGGUGAAAUUUGACCACUCUGGAUCUGCCACGCCAUAUUGAAAUAAAUGUGAUUUCUAUCAUUUCUAUUGUCCAAAACUACAUAGCCUCAAAAUUUUAAUCUCAUUUGAUUUCAUCGAAAAAAAAAAAUAAUAGAUAGUUUACGUCAAGUGUUAAUAAAUAUUCAAAAUAAAAAAUGAAAUUUUCGGUAAUAAUAUUAUUAAGUUUUUAUUUAAUAUUAUCAGUUUAUUGUGAGGAAAAAAAAAAAACAUUGUCAUGGAAAGACAAAAAUAUCAUGGACAUGAAUGAUGCUGAUUUUGAAAGAUUGUUGGAUCAAUGGGAGGAAAAUGAUGAAGAAAAAGAAGAACUUGCACCAGAUGAAUUGCCAGAGCAUCUUCGUCCAGCCAAAAAAAUUGAUUUUUCAAAGAUUGAUACAACAAACCCUGAUGAAUUGGUAAAAGCAACAAAAACUGGCAAAAGUUUAAUGAUGUUUGUUGAUGUAAAACAAGACAUUCCUGAUGAUGAAGCUGAAAAAAUCAUGAAAAUAUGGCAAACAAGUUUACAAAAUAAUCACAUUGUCAUUGACAGAUAUCCAAUUGAAGGAAAAAGAUCAAUAUUUAUGUUCAAAGAAGGAUCACAAUCAAUUGAUGCUAAAAACUUUUUAAUUGAACAACCAGAAUUGGAUCAUGUCUCUCUCGAAGGACAAACGUAUCAUGGAAAAUACAGUUCUCAGCAGAAAUCAAAAGGAUCCAAAAAAAGUGAGCUCUAAAAAAAAGACUACCUCUUCUCAAAAUUAAAUGCUCACUAUUAUCAUUAAAUUUCAAUUAAUAUUAUUAUUCAUUCCAAUGAAAUAAUUUACAUAUUUUAUA